CGACUGAGCCACGGAGCUAGCGCUAAGCAACAUGGCGGAAGAGGAGGUGGCCAAGCUGCAGAAGCACCUAGCCCUGCUCAGGCAGGAGUAUGUGAAGAUGCAGCAGAAGCUGGCUGACACCGAGAGACGGUGUGCUGUGCUGGCCGCCCAAGCCUCUGGACAGGGUUCCACUGGCCCUGCUGCUGGAGACACCUUCAUCAGCCGUCUGUUGGACAUUGUGGCCAACCUCUAUCAACAGCAACAGUACAGUGAUCUGAAGGUGGUGGUUGCCGAGGAGAGGCUCAGUGCCCACAAAUUUGUACUGGCUGCUCGCAGUGAUGUCUGGAGUCUUGCCAACCUUGCCUCGACUUCAGAAUUGGAUCUAUCCGAUGCAAAGCCUGAGGUCGCCAUGGCGAUGCUUAGGUGGGCAUACACUGAUGAGUUGGAGCUUAGUGAGGAUGAUGCCUUUCUUAUUGAAUUAAUGAAGCUGGCGAACCGCUUCCAGCUGCAGCUGCUCAGAGAGAGGUGUGAAAAAGGCGUCAUGUCUUCAGUGAAUGUAAGGAAUUGUAUUCGCUUCUACCAGACAGCUGAGGAGCUUGAUGCCGCCACGCUGAUGAACUACUGUGGGGAGAUCAUAGCCAGUCACUGGGAUGACCUGAGGAAAGAAGACUUUACUACCAUGAGUGCCCAGCUCCUCUACAAAAUGAUCAAGUCCAAAACUGAGUAUCCCCUCCACAAAGCCAUCAAAGUUGAGCGGGAAGAUGUGGUUUUCCUGUACCUCAUCGAGAUGGAUUCCCAGCUGCCUGGCAAGCUGAAUGAACUGGACAACAACGGUGACUUGGCACUAGACUUGGCACUUUCUCGCAAAUUGGAGAGUAUUGCCACCACACUGGUCAACAACAAAGCAGAUGUAGACAUGGUGGACCAGAGUGGUUGGAGCCUCCUCCAUAAAGCCAUCCAACGAGGUGACGAGUUUGCCUCAACCUUCCUGAUUCGCCACUCCGCCCAGGUGAAUGCAGCCACUGUAGGGGCAGUGGAAACCCCUCUCCAUUUGGUGUGUUCCUUCAGUCCGAAGAAACACUCCAGGGAAGUGAUGAGUGGCAUGGCCCGAAUUGCAGAAGCCCUGCUCAAGACUGGAGCCAACCCCAACAUGCAGAACAGCAAAGGCAGAACCCCUCUGCAUGAAGCUGUGGCGUCGGGGAAUGAGCCUGUGUUCAACCAGCUCCUACAGUGCAAACAGUUGGACCUGGAACUCAAGGACCACGAGGGGAGCACGGCUCUGUGGCUAGCCCUGCAGUAUAUCACUAUGUCAUCUGACCCCUCGGUAAACCCAUUUGAGGAUGAGGCUCCGGUGGUGAACGGCACCUCCUUUGACGAGAACAGUUUUGCAGCCCAGUUAAUCCAGAGAGGCAGCAACCCUGAUGCACCUGAUACUGUAACUGGAAACUGCCUUCUGCAAAGAGCAGCCAGGGCUGGCAGUGAAGCUGCUGCUCUCUUCUUGGCUACUCAUGGGGCGAAGGUCAACCAUGUGAACAAAUGGGGUGAGACUCCACUUCAUACAGCUUGCCGAUGUGGCUUGGCAAGUCUGACAGCAGAGCUGCUCCAGCAAGGGGCCAACCCCAAUCUGCAAACCCAGAAAGCACUGCCCGAUGAUGAUGCCCACGGUGUGGCUCUGCAGAGCCCCCUCCACAUGGCCAUUGCUUACAACCACCCGGAUGUGGUUUCUGUCAUCCUGGAACAGAAAGCCAAUGCACUGCAUGCCACCAACAACUUUCAGAUAAUUCCAGACUUCAGCCUCAAAGAUUCGGUGGACCAGACAGUGCUGGGCUUAGCUCUCUGGACAGGUAUGCACACCAUAGCGGCUCAACUGCUGGGCUCAGGGGCUUCCAUCAAUGACGCCAUGUCCAAUGGCCAAACUCUGCUGCACAUGGCCAUCCAAAGACAGGACAGCAAGAGUGCCCUGUUCCUUCUGGAGCAUCAAGCGGACAUCAAUGUUAGGACCCAGGAAGGCCAGACAGCACUACAGCUCGCCAUCAGGAACCAGCUGCCCUUGGUUGUCGAUGCCAUCUGCACGCGAGGGGCAGACAUGUCCGUGGUGGAUGAGAAUGGCAACCCACCUCUGUGGCUGGCACUUGAGAACGGCUUGGAAGAUAUUGCCUCCACACUGGUGCGCCAUGGCUGCGACGCUACUUGUUGGAGCUCCGGUCCCUCAGCCUGCCAGCAGACUCUCCUCCACAGGGCUAUCGAUGAGAACAACGAGAUCUCAGCCUGCUUCCUCAUUCGCAGUGGUUGUGACGUGAACAGCUCAAGGCGACCUGGCCCUAACGGAGAAGGGGAUGAGGAGGCACGAGAUGGUCAGACACCCCUCCACCUGGCGGGCUGCUGGGGACUGGAGGAGGUGGUGCAGUGCCUUCUGGAGUUUGGGGCCAACGUCAAUGCACAGGAUGCAGAGGGCCGGGCUCCCAUCCAUGUUGCCAUUAGCAACCAACACAGCGUCAUUAUCCAGCUGCUCAUCUCCCAUCCAGACAUCCGUCUUAACAUACGUGACCGUCAGGGCAUGACCCCCUUUGCCUGUGCCAUGACCCACAAGAACAACAAGGCUGCUGAGGCUAUCCUGAAGAGAGAACCAGGGGCUGCUGAGCAGGUGGAUAACAAGGGGCGUAAUUUCCUCCAUGUGGCUGUGCAGAACUCCGACAUCGAAAGUGUCCUGUUCCUCAUCAGCGUCCAGGCAAAUGUCAACUCCAGGGUGCAGGACACAGCCAAACUCACGCCUCUCCAUCUGGCUGUUCAAGCGGGUUCUGAGAUUAUUGUCCGCAACCUGUUGCUAGCUGGGGCCAAAGUGAAUGAGCUUACCAAACACAGGCAGACAGCCCUACACCUGGCUGCCCAGCAGGACCUGGCUACUAUCUGCUCUGUGUUGCUGGAGAAUGGAGUAGACUUUGCUGCUGAGGAUGAGAAUGGAAACAAUGCUCUGCACCUGGCUGUGAUGCAGGCUCGCCUUAACAACGUUCGUGCCCUUCUCACGGAGUCCAACAUCGACGCCGAGGCCUUCAAUCUCAGGGGUCAGUCACCGAUGCAUGUCCUUGGGCAUUAUGGGAAGGAGAAUGCUGCUGCCAUCUUCGAGUUGUUUCUGGAAUGCAUGCCUGAAUAUCCUCUGGACAAACCAGACAAUGAAGGGAACACAGUUCUGCUCCUGGCCUACAUGAAAGGAAACGCUAAUCUGUGCCGCGCCAUCGUCAGGGCUGGGGCUCGACUGGGCAUCAACAACAAUCAGGGCAUCAACAUCUUUAACUACCAAGUGGCCACCAAACAGUUGCUCUUCCGCCUCCUAGAUAUGUUGUCCAAAGAGCCGCCAUGGUGCGAUGGGUCCAACUGCUAUGAAUGUGCUGCCAAGUUCGGUGUUACAACACGGAAACAUCACUGGUCAGUACAUACUGUACAUGCAACAGACAGUCAUUUCUAUCCGUUGUUUCAUUUCUGCACACCAUGUCAGACUGUACGUUUAACGUUGUGUUUCUCGUCCUUAUCACCGACUUCGAACUACAGCCGCCACUGUGGGCGCCUGCUGUGCCACAAGUGCUCUAUAAAGGAGAUUCCCAUCAUCAAGUUUGACUUGAACAAGCCUGUGAGGGUGUGCGACAUCUGCUUUGACGUGCUGACUUUGGGAGGGGUGUCCUAAUGCGGUGGCCUCGG